AUGACUUCCUCAGAGGUUCCCAUGGUAACUAGUGCCAUGGCUGCUCCUACAAGAGAUCCGUCAGCUGUCAUUGAUACUGCAGCACACAUCCAGGAAACAAUGGCAGCCCUGGAUGAGAACCAGCCAUUCUAUACCAAACAGGGAGAGAACUUCAUGUGUAAUCUCUGUGACAAGUCAUUUAAUUACAAAAACGGUUUGAUCAGGCAUUUGAGGUUGACACAUGGAAAAGAAAAACCAUUUGAAUGCAAUAUUUGUCACAGAAGAUUUGGCUACAAGAAUAUCCUGAUGGAACAUCAAAACAUCCAUUUUGGCAUAAAACCAUAUGCUUGUAAUCUUUGUGACAAACGGUUUGCAGCAAGAUCUAAUCUGGUUCAACACAAGUUAGUACACAGGAAACCAUUUUCUUGUACAAUCUGUACAAAACGGUUUGAUAAACCCGAACAACUUCAGAGGCAUCUGCUGGGUCACCCUGGUGGAGUAUUGAGCUGCAACCUUUGCUCUUUCUCCACCACAAACCAGCUGUCCCUGAAUGACCACAUACAGAAGAACCAUCCACCUCAGGUCAUGGAUACAAAGGAUAAACAUUCCUCAAACUUUGACACAUCGUCCAUUGAAAAUUCAGGUUUCACUCAACAAAAGGGGACAUUACCUCAGUUUGGUGUUGCUUUUAACUUCUCCAAGAUGAAGUCACCAAGUCAGCAAAUGAAAACCCCUUCACCGAGUCAUUCAGGGAGCAGUAGUCCCAUGGUAUCGUCUAGUCCAGGAAAUGACCUGGGUGUUGAUAGUAUUCGUCGUAUUGACAGUAUAUGUGCCAACCUGGCAUCACGCAAUCCAUCCGUUCUCUCUCAGGGAGACAUCAGUGGUCUCUCACAUGGCAUUAAUGUCAAACAGGAACCGCAGUCUCCUUGUUCUGACUCUGCUGACUCCGCCCAUUUCAUGAACCCAGGCUUGAGCACUCCAUUUGGACACAACAUGAGUAUGAAUCACCUAAACCAACAGCGUAUGCAAAUGGGUGGAUACUCGGGUCAGUUUGGUUCAAGUGGGGGCAGUCAUCGUGGCCGAAGUCAAAGUACUGAUAAUGCUGUGUUAGCUUCUGCAGUAAUCAAUGUUGAAUCGACACAACCUGGGUCUGUGAGGCACAAUGGUGGCCAAACAAAAGAGGCUGCUGAUUCCACCAGCAAUGUGUCGGAGGUACUCUCCAUGCUGCAGACUCUUGCACGACGCUCAGAGGAAGAAGGCCCGGGAAAAUUUCCUCAAAUUUCCAUUACUAUCAGCCAUCCAAAAAAUAAUGUUGACAAAGCUACACAGUUUACACAACACAAUCCCAGUGCACCAAACCUACAGGACACCUUGGCUUAUUACGAGGCUCAGGGCAAGAUAUACAGGUGUCAACAUUGCCGUAUUCUGUUUGAGGAACGUGGGUUGUAUUUUCUGCAUGUGGCUCUUCAUGGCUCUCCAAAUCCUUGGGAGUGUAGCAUCUGUCAUACUGUAUUUGCUGACAGAAAUGACUUUCAUCUUCACUUGAUUAAUCAACAGCAUUGUCAUGGUACUGUGUAGCACCAUUGGACAUAGUUCUAGUAUCACUACUGUUUAUUUAACUUGUACUGUAUAAAUUAUCUUGUUACUGGCCUGUACUGUCCUACAGCGUUAAUGUUACUAGACACAUUUCUUUCACUGUAUUGAUAUUCUUAUUUAAUGAUGUCAUACA